GGCUUGAGAUUUUGCUGAUUUUGAGUUUUUUGAGAUAAAUUAAGCAUCAUUUUAGAAUUAGUUUGGUAAAUAUAUUUCUGUUCAAGGUAAAUCUGGUAAAUGGAAGUAAAACAAGAGUUUAGUGAAAAGCUGUGUAAAAUUGAAACAGUAGAUUAUGAGAUGGAUAAUUGUUUUUCGGAUAGUGUUAAAAUUGAGGCUAUGGAAGAACCCAAGGAAGAAAGUACGCAUAAUACAUUGGAUUAUUUAGACUUAAAUAAAAUCUUCAUAAAGACUGAAAUAGAACAAGAUGAUACACCUCAGAUAUUUGAAGAGAAACAAAUGAAGGAGGAAGGUUUUUCAUGUGAAGAUAUAAAAUCUGAGCCAAGUAAUACAUUAAAACAAGAAGAUGAUGGAAGUAGUCAAUUGAACCCGUAUUUAACUGACGUCAUGAAAGUGAACACCACAGAAAAACCUUUUAUAUCAGAAAUUGUUUCUGAACCGUCUACAACAAAGCCUGUUUUAAAAACACGUGAAAGAAUGCUCAACAGGAAAAGACGUUUAAGGUGUAAAAUAUGCAACCAACAAUUUUUACAGCAUUCCAGAUUAAAAGAACAUAGUAAAGUGCACACUGGAGAAAAACCAUUUACAUGUAAAAUUUGCACGAAACAAUUUUCAAGGAUUUAUGAUUUAAAUAGACAUUUAACAGUUCAUACUGGUGAAAAACCAUUUGUGUGUGAAGUUUGCAGCAACCAGUUUUUAACGAGUUCUCGUUUAAAAAGACAUUUAAGAGUUCAUACUGGCGAAAAACCAUUUGCAUGUGAAAUAUGCAACAAAAAAUUUUCACGAAGGUAUCGUUUAAAAAAACAUACAGCAUCACAUUCUGUAGAAAAACUUUUUGCAUGUGAAGUUUGCACCAAACAGUUUUCACGGAGUUCCGAAUUAAAAGUGCAUUUAAGAGUUCACAAUGGAGAAACCCUUUUUGCAUGUGAAAUAUGCAACAAACAGUUUUCACGGAGCUCCGAAUUAAAAGUGCAUUUAAGGGUUCACACUGGAGAACAUCUAUUUGCAUGUAAAAUAUGCAACAAACAGUUUUUAAGGAGUGCUGAAUUAAAAAUACAUUUAAGGACUCAUACCGGUGAAAAACCAUUUUCAUGUGAAAUAUGCAACAAAGAGUUUUCGCAAAGUUCUAAUUUAAGCGCACAUAUGGUAGUACAUUCUGGAGAAAGACAGUUUAAAUGUGAAAUUUGCGCCAAACAGUUUUCACGGAGCCACCACUUAAAAGUGCAUUUAAGAGGUCACACUGGAGAAAACCCAUUUAAAUGUGAAAUCUGCAUGAAACAAUUUUCAAGGAGUUAUGAUUUAAAAAGACAUUUAAGAGUCCAUACUGGUGAAAAACCAUUUGCGUGUGAAAUAUGCAACAAACAGUUUUCACGAAGGAUUCGUUUAAAAGAACAUACAGUAUUACAUUCUACAGAAAAACGUUUUGCCUGUGACAUUUGCACUGAACAGUUUUCAAUGAAAUCCGAAUUAAACAUACAUUUACGAGUUCAUACUGGGGAAAACCCAGUUGCAUGUGAAAUGUGCAACAAACAAUUUUCAAGAAUUUAUGAACUAAAGAGACAUUUAAGAGUGCACUCUGGCGAAAUUUCAUGUGAAAUUUGCAAGAAGCAAUUUUCCAGCAAUUAUGAGUUAAAAAGACAUUCAGGAGUUCAUACUGGUGAAAAACCAUUUGCAUGUGAAAUAUGCAACAAACAGUUUUCACAAAGAUAUCGUUUAAAAGAACAUAUAGUGGUACAUUCUGUAGAAAAACGUUUUGCAUGUGAAAUAUGCAACGAACAGUUUUCACAGAGUUCCGAUUUAAAAGUGCAUUUAAAAGUUCACACUGAAGAAAACCUAUUUACGUGUGAAACUUGCAUGAAACAAUUUUCAAAGAGUUAUGAAUUAAAAGUACAUUUAAGAGUUCAUACCGGUGAAAAACCAUUUACAUGUGAAAUAUGCAACAAACAGUUUGCACAAAGUUCUAAUUUAAACGCACAUAUGACAGUGCAUUCUGAAGAAAGACUAUUUACAUGUGAAAUUUGCAAAAAACAGUUUUCACGGCAUUGUUACUUAAAAGAACAUGCAAGAGUGCACACUGGAGAAAAACCAUUUACAUGUGAAAUUUGCACGAAACAAUUCUCAAGAAGUUAUGAUUUAAAAAGGCAUUUAAGAGUUCAUUCCGGUGAAAAACCAUUUGCAUGUGAAAUAUGCAAAAAACAGUUUUCACGAAGCUCUCGUUUAAAAGAACAUACAUUAUUACAUUUUGCAGAAAAACGUUUUACAUGUGAAAUUUGCACUGAACAGUUUUCGAUGAGAUCCGAAUUAAAAAUGCAUUUAAGAGUGCAUACUGAGGAAAACCAGUUACCUGUGAAAUUUGCCUGAAUCAAUUUUGAAGAAGUUUUGAAUUAAAAAGACAUUUAAGAGAUCAUACCCGUGAAAAACCGUUUACAUGUGAAAUAUGCAACAAACAGUUUUUAACGAGUGCUGAAUUUAAAAUACAUUUAACACUUUCGCUGCUGACUUUUUUCUAGAGGUGUUACCCAGUUGCGACAAUAUCUUUUUUCCAAAAUAUUAUUAAUUUGUAAUUAAUAUUAGAAUAUAAAAAUAGUAGUAAGUUAAUUAAAUAAAGUGUAUAUUUAUUUAUAAAAUGUG